GCUGGUGAUAGUACAGGAGACUUUGACGGGAUCGUGUAGAAAAACCAAGAUAGCAGCUUUCAAGUUUCUUUCCGAUUACGAGUUUGUGACGUUAAUUUUAAUAAAUGAAUAAAACACUGAAGUUUACUUAUAACAUGACAUCUCGCGCGACUAUUUUCUUGAAUUUUGUACGUCAUGCAACUUUUAUGAAACGGAGAAUUAGGUAUAAAAACGAACAGGGUGAACUAGAGGGAGUGAAAUAUGGAAAAAUUACAUAUUUUCCAAGACACCCAGAUCAUGUUGAUCCACCAUUUGAACCCAGCAAACUAUUAUUAGUAAAACGAGUGAAGCCUUUUGCAGGUAAUCCUUGGUGGGAAAAAGAAGUACUCGUAAACUUAGGUUUCAAAAAUGAGAAACACGUAAAUGAACCAGUAAUCGUAAAAAACAUGCCAGAGAUAUGUGCCAUGCUUUGGAAAGUGAAGCAUCUGGUAAAGAUCACUCCCAUAAAAUUACCAGAUAAAUUGCCAAUCGCAGACGAUCUAAAUGGCACAUAUUUACACGAAAAUGGCACGUUUUAUGUUAUACCAAGAGUAGAACCUGCUCGCGAAGAAGCUGUGGAAAAAUUUGUAAACGAUCCAAAGAAGCUGAAUCGUGAUAUUAUACAAAAAAAACUGAGGCUUAAAUGGCUGUUAGGACAAUCCAUGUAAUGAAAUAGAAUAGAUAUUAAAUUUAAUAAAAAUAAAUAGUCAAAAAG